GAGGAGCAGCAGGAGGAGCAGCAUCUUGUUGUUGGCACAAAUUUGCAAAAUAAAUUACCAGCAUCGAGUGCGGAUUGCCACUUAAGUCCCCAUACGCGUACGCCCACAUCUGCGUCCCGCGUAUCGCCCGCGUCGUCUAUGCUCUUGCCAUAUCAAAUUAAUCAACGUGCUACAUUGUUGCAGCAGCAGCAGCAGCAGCAGCAGGCAGCAUCAUCAACAACAACAUUGCCAUCACAUGUGCCCGUGCCCGGGCCCGGGGCAGCAACAACUCCUCGGCAGCCUCGUAUUUUUAAACGUGAUACAAUCCAAACAGCGACCACUGCAUCACCUUUGACACCGCAGCAGCAACUGCAACGCCUGCUUGCAACGGCAGCCUCCACAACAACCGCUGCCACACCUCGGCUCGAGUUCAUACUUUACACAGAAGUCUAUGAAGAGGACUCGAUCGCCGUUGCCCCAAGCGAUUCCGAAUCCAAAUCAAAGUCGAAAACUCUCGCGGAGGAGCAGGCGGAGGAGCUGCCGCUGGAUAGCGAUACCUUUUGGCAGAAAUACGGUGAGUAG